UGGAUGUCUUUUAACUGAUGGGUAAGCUACAGCCUCUAUUUGCAUUCUAUGAGAAAAUCUUAAAAAGAGCUCUGCCCGCCCACAGUUGUAGAUGGCUCGGCAAGCUGCUUUGCAACCCAACUCCAUUCUAGUGUGGAGGAUUAUAAGCAUUUAAAAACACGACUUAUUUUAUAUGGUAUCGUUUUCUAAGAAAGUGAGACUGAACUGCAUGCAACUUGCUUCUGUCUGAAUCUUUUAUUAAUUUGAAUAAAAAUUAGUUUUACAGGAGAAUAAAACCUCGUGUUAUUGGUGAUGCAAUUCCCCCUUUUUUUCUAGAACCAGUAUAUCAAAAUUUCCAUUUUCUAAAAAUUCAAAUAAUCUCACUAUGCACCAUCCAUUAUCCAUUAAUUAGUAAAUUCCACUAUCAUUCCUGUCAAACUCAGUAUUAAUUAAAAAGUGUUAGCUAUCAAGCCAAACUAACAAAUGCUGAAACAAAGGAUAAUAGUUUUUAUUUUCAUUUUAGUUUUCCAAGUUCACAAAAUUGUUUCACUUUUGAAGGCAUAUCUGUGCAACAAUGAGGUCUUGUGGUCCUGAAGGAUCUGAUCCAGCGUUUAAAUGUGCCCGCUGCACUUCUGUCAGUCUGCUUAUGGCCACUGAGUGGCUCCACUGGACACUGUGCUUCCCUCAGAGUUGAUGCUGAGGGAGGCGAGCACACAGCUCGUUUAUUUUUCCCUCCAACACUUUCCUGAUACCAUCUUGUCAAAGCUACAAGCUGCAGCUGCUCUCGAGUUCAGCAGGAAAGUAAUUCAAAUGUAGCAAUAAGUCAACUAAGUCAUACAGUAAAACAAUGAAGUCAGUGCCUAAAGUGACCAAAAGAAGUAACGCUACAUAUUGCUUAUACAAUGAUAAUGAACCAAAAUAAUAUAACAGAUGUAGACUUACAUGAAACUGUUUGAAAACAGGCGCCACACGCAAUGAGAGUGUCAUUCUUUCUGUCUCACGGGUAUGAGAUUGCCAGACCUGUGCACAUCACAGUGUCGAGCGUGGACACAGCAGCGGAUAUCCCGGAUCCAAGGACAGGAAGACUGGUCUUCCUCUACCAGCCCUCUCAUACACUCACAUGCACAUGCAAACAACACACACUGUGGCACUGCUAAUGGCAAAAACACUGGUUGACCCCCGUCACCUUCUCUGUUCCUCAUCCCCUCUUUCUAUUUUAAACCCACAGAUUAAACGCCAAGAGUUCUUUGAUCAGUCUCAUUCUCUUUGAGGAAUUUAUAGAUCUGCCCCUUGUUAAAAAAGAAAUAAACAAAGAUGUCUACGGUGAGCUUUUUUAAAAAAAGAUAAUAAAAUUAGACUUCAUAUCAAAAUACUCAUUUCACCCUUUGAUCUGAGCCCCUCUGGCUUCUUAUCAGCCCCAUGAUAGCCUCUUUCCCCACCUCUAAAUUAGCAAGUGUUCCCCCGCUUCCUCAUUUCCUUAUGUUUUCUAAAAGAGCAGAUCUGUUUUUCAUCACAGGGUCAAAGGCCAAACCCCUGUCACUCCUGCACUGGGAAGAAACCUUAUGUAAGUCUGUCUGUGCCUUAAACAUCUUACUUCAGGCUAUAUUGCCAAGUGGUUGAAUUGAGCUCUCAGUGAAAAUGUAAAUAUAGCAAGUCUUCUGUCAGACUCUCAGUUUGACUUCUCCCAGAAUGGGUUCAAAUUUAUUUAUUUUUUCUCUUUUGGCUUGAAAAGCGAUACAAAAUGAGCUGUUUUGGAUUUUGAACAGGACCUUAUCGGGACUUGACAGUGAAGAAAAAGCUCAGUGAAGGUGUAAAGUGUUGCAGACUGGGCUGCAUAUAACUCCUCUAAUCCAUCCAAAUAAACACUCUUCCUCCCUCCCCCUUCCUCUCAGGGGUUAUCAUAUAUAAACCCCUCCACUGCACCUCUGCCCAACAAACCUAACAUCAGCCUUUAACACAGCCCAGCCUUCUUUCUGUGCAUUCGAGGCAACACAGGAUACAGGCUCACUGGCUCGGAUCUCAAAACUGGAGUCAGAGUGAAAAUCUUAAAAAGGGAAGGAAAAGCAUGUCAGGGAAGGAAGCCAGUAGGAAAGCACAAUUUGCCACCAGCCUGUAGAGCUUUUUUCUGCCCGCCUCUGUGACAUCUCUAAAGUCCAAACUGCUGACAGAUUCCCGAUUGUUCUUCUUCUUAUUAUUAUUAUUAGCUUGUAUAAUUAGCCCUGAGCACAGAAGAAGACUUAGCCGAGAGGUAGAAACUCCACCUUUACUUGGAUAUACGUUCGAAAUCUGGAUUUUUAGUCGGAGAAGACGCACAUCAGGAGGAAAUUCUUGAAAUUCUCUUCAUCUGCUGCGGCCACUACUGAGCUGCACCGGGGAAGGUCAUCAGGUUUAUAACGCAAAAAAGACCACAAAGAAGAUGAGCCUCUCACGGACCGGGACGCUGGAGAAGACAAUGUCUGAGCAAGCCCGCUCCGAAGCACGGUUCUCCUCCAGAUUGGGGUCAGGGGUCGUGGUGCCGCCUCCUUACUCUCACAGAGGGAGCGAAGCCGCUGACCCCCCUGUGGAGUUGAGGGGCUCUCUGGACUGCUGGGCGUGCUCCGUGCUGGUCACUGCACAGAAUAUGAUCAUCGCUCUGAUCAAUUUCAGUCUGGCCAGCAUCUUGUUCGGCAUCAUCCUCACCCCUGCGCUGACCAUGAUCAUAUUCGGCUUUCUCUGCCACUCCACAGUGCAGCCCCAUGGAACAUCACUAUACUGUUCAGACCUGCUGGACGACACAGCCUGCAUAGCCCUGCUGGUGGUGGGCUUUCUGCUGCUCACUCCUCUGCUGGUCUUGGCGCUGGCGGCUUACUGCCGUCUGGCCCGACACCUCCAGCUGGGCCUGUGCUUCAUCCCCUACAGCCGGGCUGUGUACAAGAACCUGCCCACCCAACGCAAUCAGAAGCAAGGUCCGGGGAGCUGCUUUAGUCAAAAGGAUGCAAUGGAGAGACAGGGGAAGGGUAGCAUCUGGGUGUAGAUGAGAGGAGUGGAGAGGAGGAUUAUAUAUGAUUAUAUUAUCAAGUUUCCUGCUUUAUAACGAAAUCUACUUUUAUAUGUCCUUUUUCUGUAGCCAUUGUAAAAAUCCAUCACAUUUAAUCAUUCAUAUUCAUUGUUUAAGAGUCACAAUUGCGUUUUGAAUACAGUUUCAAUGUAUUUAAUUUCUUUUCUUUUCUUUUAUACAGUAAAGUUAUUUUUUU